AUGAUCGAGAAGAAGGGAAAUGGCGCCAUCUCGUACGAUGAGGAGCUGGUUAUCUCCAUCAAUAGAAACUACAUCAGUCUGGGAGCAGCCGACUUCAACGACAAAAUCGAUGUCGAGAAGUACGGCCAGACCAAGCGUAAGUUGAAUUCUCGUCAUGUUUCGCUUAUGAUCAUUGGUCAGUCCAUCGGUACUGGUCUCUACGUGGGGUUGAAAGGUCCUCUCAUGACCUCAGGAUCGCUUUCUCUCUUUCUCGGCUUUUUAAUUUGGGCCGUCACUAUGAUCUGGCCCCUUAUGCUAGCUACUGGUGAGAUGUGCUCGUACUUGCCGGUAAAGGGCACCUUUUUGCAUUUUGCAUCCCGCUGGCUCGACCCAGCUUUGGGUUUUGCAACCACUUUGAUUUAUUUAUAUACCACGCUUAUGUUCAUCUGUGUGGAAGCCGUGGCGUUUGCGUCCGUGGCUGGCUACUGGACUGACGCCUCUCCAGCGAUUUUCAUUUCCAUCUGCUUGGCGACCAUCUUGUUCUUCAACGUUUUUGGUGUCAAUUGGUACGGCGAGGUGGAAUUCGUUGCGUCUUUGCUCAAAGUCAUUCUCAUUGGCGAUGCUUACGGAUUCAGAAAUUGGCCUGAGGGUGGUUUGAUGAAAGACUAUCUCGUGGCAGGCAGUACAGGCAAAUUUUUGGGUCUCUGGAACGUUUUGAUCUAUGCUGCUUUUGCAUGCUCCGGUCCAGACAUGUUGGGCAUGGUUUCUGGUGAGAUCUCUCAGCCAAGAAAGAAUAUCGCCAUGGCUGCGAAAAGAACAUAUGUCCGUAUCUUCUUGUUCUACAUUGGUGGUAUUUUCUUCAUGAAUUCAAUGUGCUCCUCAAUCAACCCAGAUCUUGUUGCUGCCCAUGAAGCUGGUCAAGAUGGUGCAGCAGCUUCGCCUUGGGUUAUUGGAAUUAAAUCUGUCGGUGUUCAAGGGCUCGAUUCCGUGGUUAAUGCGGUUGUGAUGACAUCCGCCUGGUCCUGUGGAAAUGGUUUUACUUAUGGCGCUGCCAGAAGUGCUUACUCUGCUGCUUUGGCAGGUUAUUUACCAAGGGGCUUCUCAUACUGUUUGAAAAACGGCUGUCCAAUCGUUGCAGUUGUCUCUUCUUUGUCCAUUGGCUGUCUUUCAUACAUGAGUGUUUCCAAGUCGUCCGCUGUCGUCUUAGACUGGUUCAUCAAUUUGGCAACGACAGGUCUUCUUUGCACUUACAUUGUUAUGUGGGCAUGCUACUUUAAAUUCAAGAAAAUCGUCAAGGUUCAACUGUGCGACCAUGCAGACGAAAAGUACUACAAGGUGACGAGGUGGACGUAUCCAUACUUGACAUAUUGGGCUGCUUCGUUCAACGUCUUGGUCCUCUUUUUUAACGGAUUCUGGAUUUUCUUUCCAGGUGAGUUCUCGGUUGCCAAUUUGUUCACCUCCUACUUUGCUCCUUUCUUCUUCUGCGUGCUCUACGUUGUUCGGAAGUUCUGGAAGAAGACAAAAUGGAGAUCGGCAUUGGAAGCUGACAUUACCACAGGAAAAGCAGAAAUCGAUGACGAAGAGGAUGCAGAGAAAGAGGAAAUGGCGCUUCACCCCAGAAAACAGGGCAUCUUAUGGAAAAUCUGGUAUAAGUUUGCUGACUUUUGCUUUAGUUAA